UGACUGGCCUGGGAAAGAACGGCCCCCGCCCCUCCCACGCUCCCUCGCCUUCCCCAUCCUUGGGGGCUCCAGGCGAUCACCGAGGGCCGCAUGAGCGUGGCCGGGCUGGCCGGGUGUCCGGGCUGCGGCGGGAGGAGCCGGCGAGGUGGGGCGGGAGAGGAGCCGCCUCACCUUGACCAGGGUCGCGACGACCCAGCACCCUUCUGGCCUCCUUUCCGCGCUCAUCCUCACGGCGCAUUUUCUCUUCAGAAACUUGGGAUGUUUUUGUUAGAGACCAGAGGACGAGUCUUACCGCGGGUGUCUGGCAGCAUCGUGUAGUAUUAGGAACCCUGGAGAUGGACUGCCUGGGUCCAAAUCUCCAUCCACAGCUUACUGGCUCCUGGCUUCUGCAAGUCACCUAACUACUGUGUGUCUCAGUUUCAAGUAUAAAAUGGGAGAAAUAAUAGUAACCUAUCUCAUAAGGUGGUUGGUGGUUGGGAGGAUGAAGUGGGUUAGUAUCUCUUCAGUGCUGAGAACCGAGUGCGAUGCACAAAAAAGUAUGUAAGUGCUGGUCAUCUUUUUGAGCUUCUAAAAAGAGAGUUUUGUCUCUUUCUUCCCUCCCCCGGCAUCCACGCCGAAAAUAAUCGCCCAAGAGUAGGGAAAAAAAGAUUUUUUUCUUUUUUGAGAAUAUGGGCUUUUGUAUGCACGGCCUUUUAAAAAAAUUAAACAUUUGUAAACAGUUGCACAUCCUACAUUAAAGAAAAGACAGGUGUAGGUAAACGCGGAAGUUGAAAACGAAAGUUUUGUUUGGGAAACCACGUGAGAAAAAUGGCCAGAAUUUAUUUGUGCUGAAAACACUUAACAUAGCGUGCCUGAGACUGCUGUCCUUAGAAAGGUUAGCGCUUGCUUGGCAUCUGGGAACAACAUGUUUUAUAUUGUAGGGUAUGGUUUAUGCAGAAGUUUCUAGCCCCCUAAAAAUCUGCACCAGUGAGUCUGUAAUGGGCUUCCCUGAGCAGAAACGUUUCAUAGACAUUACUGGAUUUUACUUAUUGGGGGAAGAGUGUGGUGACCCCUCUUGGGAGGGAGAGAACGAUAAGGAAGCCUGCACUUGGAUUCCUCUAGACUUCACCUGUGUCUUUUUCAUUAUGAUCAAGCUGUACGUCCAUACUACAUUGCUGUAAUAAGUGUUAGCCAUGAAUACAACUAUAUGCUGGGUUUUGUGAGUCCUUAUAGUAAAUCUCCAAAUGAGAGGGUGGUCUCGGAACUCCCCAAACACAAUAUUGAUGAUAGACAGUAUUUGAAGCUCCAAUAAUCGGACUUUAAUUUUGUCUCUUUUUGCCUGAAUGGGGAAUUGAAGAAGAAAGCUAUACAGAUAAGUGACUGCUAAAUAGUGGGUUACCAUCCAAAAUGGCUCUGUAUGUUUAGACAUGUACAUGUGUCAGAAAAAUCACUGGAAAUUGACUCUACAUUGCCAAGUUAAGUAUGAGUCAGUGUUUUUGAAAAAAGGCAUGGGUGUUUUAUAGAUAGAUUCUAGGUCAGCUACCUGGUUCUUUUGGUUAUUCUGCCAGUAUUAGCUAUGUGUUAAUGCUCAUCUUUAUCAAGAGUUUACCUGUGCAGGGGGUGUAAAAAUAUGACCAAUUUCUCAUGGGCCAUUUUUCUUGGAUUCUCUUAGUUACACCUAUCUCUUUCCAAGACAUCAAGUUAAAAGAGUUGGAGUAAGUAACAGAUGCGGGUGAAAGAGCCAUCCAAAGCUUUACCUGAGAAAGCCAAAAGAAGUAGAAGGCCUACCAUACCUCAUGAUGAAGACUCUUCAGAUGACAUUGCUGUAGGUUUCACUUGCCAACAUGUAAGUCAUGCUAUCAGUGUGAAUCAUGUGAAAAAAGCAAUAGUUGAGAAUCUGUGGUCAGUUUGCUUGGAAUGUUUAAAAGAAAGAAAAUUCUAUGAUGGACAGCCAGUACUUCCUUCUGAUAUUUGGUUGUGCCUCAAGUGUGGUUUUCAGGGAUGUGGUAAAAACUCAGAAAGCCAGCAUUCAUUGAAGCACUUCAAGAGCUGGAGAGCAGAGUUACACUGUAUUAUAAUUAGUCUGAGCACAUGGAUCAUUUGGUGUUAUGAGUGCGAUGAAAAAUUAUCAACACAUUGUAAUAAGAAGGUUUUGGCUCAGAUAGUUGAUUUUCUCCAGAAACAUGUUUCUAAGACACAAACAAAUGCAUUUUCUAGAAUCAUAAAACUUUAUGAAGAAAAAUGUGAAACAGGUGAUAAGAAGGGAAGAAAAGACAGCAGUGUAACAUCUGUAAAAGGAAUUACAAAUUUAGGAAAUACUUGCUUUUUUAAUGCAGUCAUGCAGAAUUUGGCACAGUCUUACAUUCUUACUGAACUGAUGAAUGAGAUCAAAGAACACGGUACAAAACUCAAGAUUGUUCCUUCCUCAGACUCUCCACUGGACCCAUUAGUGGUGGAACUUUCAAGCCCUGGACCAUUGACCUCAGCCUUGUUCCUGUUUCUUCACAGCAUGAAGGAGACUGAAAGAGGACCGCUUUCUCCCAGAGUUCUUUUUAAUCAGCUUUGUCAGAAGGCCCCUGGAUUUAAAAGUUUUCAACAACAGGACAGUCAGGAACUUCUUCAUUAUCUGCUCGAUGCAGUGAGGACAGAAGAAACAAAGCGAAUACAAGCUGGCAUUCUCAAAGCAUUUAACAACCCAACUACUAAAACUGCUGAUGAUGAAACUAGAAAAAAAGUCAAAGCAUAUGGAAGAGAAGGUGUGAAAAUGAACUUCAUAGAUCGUAUCUUUAUUGGUGAAUUAACUAGCACAGUCAUGUGUGAAGAAUGUGCAAAUAUCUCCACAGUAAAAGAUCCUUUUAUUGAUAUUUCACUUCCUAUAAUAGAAGAAAGGGUUUCAAAACCUGUACUUUUGGGAAGAAUGAGUAAAUAUAGAAGUUUACAGGACACAGAUAAUGGUGAAUACAGUGGCACUAUUACUAUAGAAAAUACUCAUCAACCUAGAGCCACCAAGAAGCAUUCUUCAUCUAAAGAUAAGAAUCAACUAAUUCAUGGCAGAAAAUGUACAAGAAAAUUGUCACCUGGAGAAGAUAAAGCUGUUGUCAUAUACGAGAAAAAUGAAAACCUUGAAAUGAAUAGAGACUCCUCAUCGUUUGCAAGCAUCGUAAACACUGAGUCGACUCUGACGGAAAGCCCUACCGACGGCAGUGAAAAAGAAGCCAGCCUUUCUGAAAGUAGUGUUGGUGCCGACAGUGAGGCUUCAGAGUCUGAAAGUGCUCCUAAGCAGACUUUGUUGUUGAGAUCCAGCAGUGGAUACUUUGUGCACACGAAUGGACACCUUCGCCAUCCAUCAGAGAGUGAACCACUCACCAAGGAGGGUGACGGUGGUGAUGAGGGAGUGGCUGGAGCUAUUUCUGAACUUCAUCUGAGCAGCACUGUAACUGGAGAUAGGGAUUUUGACAGAGAAAAUCAGCCACUAAACGUUUCAAAUAAUUUGUGUUUUUCAGAGGGCAAGCAUAUGGUGUCUUACAGCCCCCAAAAUGCUUUUCAGACCCUUUCUCAGAGCUAUAUAACCACUUCUAAAGAAUGUUCAAUUCAGUCCUGUCUCUAUCAGUUUACAUCUAUGGAAUUACUAAUGGGGAACAACAAGCUUCUGUGUGAGAACUGUACUGAAAAGAAACAGAAGUACCCAAAGGAAACCAGUUCUGCAGAAAAGAAAGCAGGAGGGGUUUAUACUAACGCCAGGAAGCAAUUGCUCAUUUCUGCUGUUCCAGCUAUCCUAAUUCUCCAUCUUAAAAGAUUUCAUCAGGCUGGCCUGAGUCUUCGCAAAGUAAACAGACACGUAGAUUUCCCACUGACGCUUGACUUAGCACCAUUCUGUUCUGCUACUUGUAAGAAUGUAAGUGUGGGAGAUAAAGUUCUCUAUGGUCUCUAUGGCGUGGUGGAACAUAGUGGCUCAAUGAGAGGAGGCCACUACACCGCUUACGUGAAAGUGAGAACACCCUCCAGGAAAUUACUGGAACAUAUCACUGGAAAGAAAAAUGUACCUGGUUUGAAAGAACCUGAUAGUGAAUCAGCAGGCCAGUGGGUCCAUGUUAGUGACACUUACGUGCAGGUGGUUCCAGAAUCGAGAGCACUUAGCGCACAAGCGUACCUUCUUUUUUAUGAAAGAAUAUUAUAAUUAUUUGUUAAUUGUUAAUGGUAAUGGUUAUUUAGAUCACUUUUAUUUAAAUGCUGCAGCGACAACCAUUAUAUGCAAUGUGUCUUUGUAGUCUUUUCUGUAGGAAUGGCAUGUCCCUCAAAUGCUCCUGGACAUGUUUACCAUUUUGGUGAAUCCUUUUAAAGUAAAUUAAAUUUACUAAAGCUUUCAAAAUCAUAUUCUUAAAAUAAAUGUAAGCACAUGUUUUUAAAAACAUAUUUGUCCUGGCAAAAAAAAAAACACAGAAUUUUACAGUAGUAGAGGAAACUCCUUUAUAAUGUGGCUUAUUACUACAAGCAUUCAGAAAUGAUGCUGGCUAAGUCAAAUCAUUCCUUUAAAACAGUGUUUCCCAAAUGUGAGUCAAUACCACCUUUCUGUUUUCAUAUAUAUAUGUAUAUAUAUCUCCUAUGCCAUUGUUUACUUAUUAUUUUUAAGCUUUUUAAGGCUUUUUAAGCCUAUUUUUAGCCUUUUUAAGCCGUAGUCUUAUUUUGAGCAUAUUCUACAUUUUAUGUGCUAGUUACAUUUUUUUCUAAGAAACAUUAAAAUAAAUAUAUAACUAAAGAAAAAUUGCUCAUUCAUGUAGCACUUCACUAAAACUCAUCUCAGGGCUAUCCAGUGGUAUAUUACACUGCUGUGUGGGACACAUUGCUAUAACAUAUACUUACACAAUUGGCAUACUGACCUUGUCAUAUUUUGUAUGAUUCAACCAUAUAAAAAGGUACCACUGUAGCUUCAGUAAUAUGGAUUUACAAAUAAUAUACUGGUUAGCUUAUUGCUUUGAGGUUUUGAGAACUGGAAAAAUACUGAAAUAUUUUAUCAACAUAUUAUUUGCAGCCUAUUCGUGAUGGAGUUGAGAAUAAUUUGCAAGUGAUUAGCCAGUCAAAAUAUAUUUAUAGAUAAUUGUUACAUGCAGAAUUGGUAAAUAGAAGUUGUUAAUCCAUAUGGGACCAUAGGAUACCUUUGAAAUGUAAAUUACCAAAUCAUAUUUGUAAAUGAUAGAGAAUUAUAUUCUUAUUAUGCUUAAUAGGAAAAUGUAAUACAUUUUCUAGUUCUGUAGAUCAGUAAAUAUUAAUCAUAGUUUUGGGGUUUUGAGAUCACCUUUUAUCUUCAGCAAGCAUCAUCAGUAAGUUCAAAUAGGUUUAGUUUUUAUUUUAAUGGAGCAUAAAGUUGGCAUUUUGGAUUUUCUUUUAAAAUAAUUAAUAGCAAACAUAUGGUAGUUUUUCCCCCCUAGAAAACAAAUUAUUAAGCUGUCAAAACUUGGCAUGAAAAUGUUACCAUUACUUAGGCUUAAAUUUUAAAAAAAUGACUACUUUGGUGUUACAUUAUUAAAGCAAAACACAUAACUGCAUGCUUCAAGCAUCCUAAUCAUUAGGGCUAACGAAUGAUAGUACAGGCAGAUGCUGGGUAAGUGCCUGGUCCUAGUUCAUUCUCCUCUUGUUAAGGAAGGAUAAGAAUAAUGGCUGUAGUUAAUGUGUGGAAAUAUUUCAUGAAGACUCUCACCCUUCUUAAUAUUUAAGUAUAUGUAAUAUUAUCAAGGUUACCAGUGCCGCCUUUUGAUAUAUGGAUGAAUGGAAUUGUGAUUAGUGUUAAAGAUGGUAAUAAUAUACGAAAUUCAGAGCUGAAAAAUGUCAUUGCAUAAAUUGUAUUUUCAAGCUGCUGAAAUUUCAAUAAUAGUGGUUUUCUUGAUUUUUAACAGUGAAAUGAUGGAGAAAUGUAUCUUUAUAAGUUAAGCUGUAAACUCAGGUUGUGUCAUGUAAAAGGUAAACAGUGUUUAAAGUGUUUUCUGUUUAAUUGUAAUGCGUUAACAUUGAAGACUUCAGUACCAGAGCAGUGAAAUUUUUUGAAAACUAUUAGUUAAUCCUCUUUAUUCAAGUCAACCGUCUUGGUAAUGACAAUUACCAUCCCCUCCCCCAAAUGUAAAUAUUAAAUUGUCUCAUUUUUCUCCUAGAAAAGAUACCAUUAAGAGGCAUGCACUUUUCAUUGGAUGGUCACCUGCUUCUUAUUUCAUUGAUAGAUGGAUAGAUGAAAGAGAGAGAGAGAGAGAGAGAGAAAGAAAGAAAGAAAGAGGGAAAGGAAGAAAGAGGGAAAGGAAGCAAGAAAGGAGGGAAAGAAACAAGACCAUUCUUUUCUGUUGCCUCUUGGCUUCUCCCUUACAGAGUUAAGUAGAGAUGGUAAGUGAUAAGUGAGGACAAGAAUCAAGGAAAGUGCCUAGUUCCUCUUUUCAUUGGAUGCCAGGAAACGAACUAGUGCUAAAUUUAUCAAAUUAGGAGUUCUUUUAAGCUUUAUUCCGAAUACCAGUUAAGACUGAUUUUUCAUUAAGUGAGUGAUACAUUGUAGCUUCAGAACAUUACCUCAGUACUCAAAUACCACAGUAGUUUUUAUGCUUAACUUCACAUUUAUUCAUUAAGUAUAUAUUUAUUGAACAUCUACUAAGGGUCAGGCCCUGGGCUGACACUGUUUUAACAUGUUUUAAAAUGAAGAGGCCUAUGUAAGUUUUAGACAUUAUUCUAGAAGUAAUAAGAUACUUUUAUUUUCAUUUCCACAGUGUUAAAUGAGUUAAUUCUGAAAUCUGUUUUUUUAUGGCCUAAAGUUUAUGAAUGCUUUGCUUGUCCAGGUCUGCUGGUAAUGGAAUAAAUUUGAUUUUGAGAUCUAAGACUUUCCUAAAGAUAGCUUUUGUAAUAGAGAAAGUAUGUUAAGUUACACAUGGAUCUACAUUUAAAUUUUUGUUUUUAUUUUGAAUAUUUCCAAAGCACAUUUGCAGGGGUACUGAAUUGUGAGCUACUUUAGUAACAGUGGCUUCCAGAUGACCUCAGGAAACAGUACAAAUCAGUGAGAAUGUUUACAGAUCUUCAAAAAAACUACUCUAGUGUUUGGCGAAAUGAAUUUAAGAAGUAAAACAGGAGUUUAACUAGCUUUAUUUAGAAACUGGUUUAUAUCUAACCUCGGGUUCCCCUAGUUUUUCCAUGUUUAAAAUGAUACAUUUUUGACUAUAUGCCAAUUAUGUGAAUAUUUUUGACAUAACCAAAUGUAUGUUUAUAUUUAAGAUUUUGUCAUUUAAUGUUUUUAAAACUGAUGUGAAGGCCACCUUUUUGAGUGGCCAGGGAGAGUGGUGUCAGUUCUAAGAGCAGUUGAUACCUGUUUUCUUAUUGUAAAUGUGCCAACAAAACUAUUUUACUAUGAUACGUAUUUAAGAGCUCUUAGUUCGCAUGUUUGACUUUAGUCAAUGAUCUUAUAUGAUAUCUGAAUAAAAUUUCCUGAGGAUUAAGCUGUGAAAUAUAUCACCUUCAUCUAAUUUUUGAGGUAUAAAAUAGUAUCUUGCCUACUUUUAUUAAAUUCAUACUCAUAAUUUGUCUGCGUGCUACCUGAAAAAAUAAGCCUAAACCAGAUAUGUUAUGUGCAAUAAAAGUGAUUCUUUAUAUAUUAUCUGCUGCAUUAAGAAAGACUAUUUUUAGAUAUUUAAAAUGUUCUGGUUCAUGUAGAAAUCCAUCAAUUCAAAUCUAUUUAAAAGAUAGAUGACUAUAUUUUUAAAUUUUGAGUAAUAAUUGAUUAUAUAUCAUUCCUACCAUUUUAUCUUUUUUUUGGCAGUGUUUUUGGAAAAUAGCUAUGUAACUUAUGGAGUAUUAUUUUGAUGUUACUGUAUAAACAUGCAUAAAAUAUUAAAUUCAUAUUUACUUUAUGUUUCAA